GUAUGUGUUUGUGAAUGUGCUUGAUGUGUGUGUGUCUGUGUGCAUGUGUGUGUGUUUAGAUAUAAACAUGUUUCUGUGCCUGUAUUAGGUCUACAUUAACAUUGCUAGUCACCUUGAAGAUAAUGUAAGGAGAAUGCUGGUGCCAUUUCUAUUAGCGUUGAAUACACUGGGGACAUGCAGUCUGCCAACACUUCAUGUCCUAGAUCUUGAAGAUGAAGCUCACAGCAUUUAUGAAAUCAAUGAAGAUGCAGGACUGGAUCUGUUUGAUGGUGAUAUUAUAGAGAGCAAUGUCAGGAGUUCUUUACUUAACGAGAACGCAAGAUGGGACAAUCCUGUUCCUUAUGUGAUGACGGGCGAUCUUGGUUUGCAUGCCAAAGGCAUCAUUUUAAGGGCACUUGAGCAGUUCAGGCUGAAAACGUGCAUCGACUUCACUCCACGACAAAAUCAAAACCCCUACAUCAGCAUUGAUAAAAGAGGAGGAUGUUGGUCUUAUGUUGGAAAAGUCUUCUCUGGUGAACAGGUUAUUUCUAUUGGGUCCGGCUGUGAAUGGGUUGAUAUUGUAGAGCAUGAACUCCUCCAUGCCUUGGGCUUCUACCAUGAGCAAUCCAGAUAUGACAGAGACGACCAUGUCACAAUCGUCUGGGAAAACAUCCAAACAGGAAGAGAAAACAAUUUUCUAAAAAAGAGCCAAAGCACCAUUAGUCUCCUUGAUACGUUGUAUGACUACACAUCAGUCAUGCAUUAUCGGGCAAGUGCUUUCAGUAAUGGAAAUGGAAACACCAUCCUCACCAGUGAUCCAGAAUUUCAAGACGUGAUCGGCAAAAGUACAGAAAUGAGCUCCACGGACGUACUGGAACUUAACAGACUCUAUUGUUGUGAUGCAGCCGUCUCCUUCAUGGAACACUGCAGUUUUGAUGAUGAGGGCAUGUGCAAUAUGACAGUCCUCUGCAAGGAAGUGUCUGGAUGGAAGAGAGUAAGCCAAAUAGAUGGAGGUCCCUAUUCAGAUCACACCCAGCUGGGCACCAACCAACAAGGCAAUGGCUUCUUCAUGCACUUCAGCACUGUGAAAGGAAACGAAGGGGAUUCCUCCAGGCUCAUAACUAGGAGGAUGACUCCAACUAGACCAUGCCAAGUGCAGUGUCUUCAGUUCUACGAUUACUAUAACGGGAAUGAAACGGAUCAGCUCAACAUCUGGAUCAGGGAGUUCGACAGUGAAGAUGAUGUUGAGGGAACUCGCAAGCUGAUCGGACAGGUCACGGGCUUGCCACAUCAUUACUGGAAGAUCCACCAUGUUCCCCUGAAUGCCUCUAAGACUUUCCAGGUGGAGUUUGUGGGCCACAAGGGAUCAGGGUCUUCAAGUGGGGGCUUCUCUGUAGACGACAUCAACCUCUCAGAAACUGAAUGCCCCCAUCAAACAUUGCAGAUACAAAACUUUGAGGAACGUUUGAGCACAAGUGGUUAUACCGAUAUAGAAAGCCCAAGAUACUACUCCACAGAUGGUUAUGGAUAUCAGUUUUUAAUUAGUUUGAGAGGGACUUAUUUUGGCCUGUAUGUACGCCUGGUGUCUGGAGACUAUGACGAACAGCUUGAGUGGCCAUUGGCAUGGAGACAGUUUACAUUCUUGGUGGUGGACCAGAAUCCACACACACAGCUCCGCAUGUCCAAUCAGAGGAGUAUAACAGCAGAUCCAGCGUUUCAAUACUAUGGGUCAGAUUUCUGGGGAAACCCCCGUGAGGUCGGUGGACUUAUCGGCAAUGGUGAGACUUUCUAUGUGUCACAUAGGAUUGGAUAUUCAUAUGAGUUUGGAUGACCUUCGGCAAAGAGACUUUCUGAAAGGAGGGGAUGUGAUCUUCUCUUUCUUCAUGCAAGAUAUUAGGUCUUUGGAGACAAACAACUCUCUGCCCUGCCCUGGCAUUCCACAUCAGAACUUCACAGCAGUUAUCCAGGACACUGUUUUGAGAAUGAAUAUUAUGUUUUGCAAAUUGCGAGAGAGAAUCGAGAAAUCUACAAAACCAAUUGAGAAAUACUCUGGGUCAACUUCUCUCCUAAGACGACAUGCUCCCCUCUCAUGCUGCUCAGCACCUUGCUCCUGUUGUUGAGUCACUGAUGCCCAGGACAGGCUAUGUAUCUAUCUGUGUGACCUGUGAAGGAAGUCAAUUUAGUCAAAUUAAAUGAUCUCAGACAAUG